UUUCAAUUCCCUCACUCUCCAUUAACCCACUUGGGCCUCUGCGCUUCUAGGAACGAUGUCGAAUGUGGGAAAACUACUUAAAUGGUUGUAAAACCUCCCCAGUUCUUAAAGUUAUAAUUACUUUCAAUACAAGAUCUAUCAAAUCUCCAAACCAUUAAAAACAUGAAAAACGUAUUCAGAUCCUUGAUUACAUUAGUAUUAUUACUCAGUAGCAUUGCAAUUGCUGCUCCAACCACUUUACUUGCCCCAAGUAAUGAUCCAUUUUAUUCUCCACCUGAAGGAUAUGAAAGUGCUGCUGUUGGUACUAUCUUAAAAUCAAGAGUUACUCCUCAACCAGUCAGAAGUGUUUAUGUUACUGUUAACGUUAAAAAUGCCUGGCAAUUAUUAGUUAGAUCUGAAGAUUCAUUUGGAAAUGCCACUGCUAUUGUUACAACUAUCAUUGAACCACAUAAUGCUGAUCCAUCUAAACUUCUUUCCUAUCAAUUCUUUGAAGAUGCUGCUAACUUAAGUUGUUCAAUUUCUUAUGCUCUUCAAUUCAAUGCUCCAGUAUUACCAGUUAUUCAAACCGAGUUUGAAAUGUACUUCCUUGAAGCUGCAUUAGAACAAGGUUGGUAUGUCGUUGCUCCAGAUUAUGAAGGUCCAAAAUCAGCUUUCACUGCUGGUAGACAAGCAGGUCAUGCUGUUUUAGAUUCAAUUAGAGCCACUUUACAAUCAAACAGUAUUUCUGGUGUCAACUCCGAUGCCAAGGUCGCACUUUGGGGUUAUUCCGGUGGAUCUCUAGCUAGUGGAUGGGCUGCAGCUCUUCAACCAGCUUAUGCUCCUGAACUUAGUACCAACUUGAUUGGUGCUGCAGUUGGUGGAUUUGUCACCAAUAUUACUGCUACUGCUGUUGCUGUUGAUGGUGGUCCAUUCACAGGUUUAGUUCCUUUAGCCGUUAAUGGUUUAAUGAAUGAAUAUCCAGAAGUUGCUCCAAUUGUCCAAGCUCAAAUGUCUGCUUCUAACUAUCAAUCAUUUUUACAAGGAAGUCAACUUUGUAUGAUUCCUGGUGCUCUUAGCUUUAUCGGCAAAACCUUCUUUACUGGAGCUAACAAAUAUUUUAAUGAUGGUCUUGCCUUCUUCCAAAAUCCAACUGUUGCCAGCAUUGUUGAACAAAACACAUUAGCUGUCAAUCCAGAUGCAGAAGUUCCUCAAAUUCCAUUAUUCAUUUAUCAAGGUGUCAUUGAUGCUGUUGUACCAGCUGUUGGUGCCGAAAGAGCUUACAAAAAUUGGUGUGCUUGGGGAUCUCCAUCCAUUGAACUUGCUCUUGAUAGUACCAAUGGUCAUGUUACUGAAACUUUCAUUGGUGCUCCGGCUGCUCUUACCUGGCUUAUUGAUAGAUUUGAAGGUAAAGCUCCAGUUCAAGGAUGUACUUCUACCACCAGAGUUAGUAAUCUUGAAUAUCCUGGAACUCCAGCUUCUCUUGUUAUUUACUUCCAAACUGCUUUAGCCAGUAUUAUUCAAUUGCCAAUUGGACCUUUAAUUCAAUUCUUACCCACUUUGUGAUCUAUAUGUUUUAUAUUUAGAAUAGAAAAGCGAUAGUGUUUUUAGUUUUAUAAAAGUUGAUUUUUUUCCCGUGUUUAAUCUUUUUUUUACAGCCAAAACAUUUCGUAGAAUCAAAUUCAAGCUUAUUCAUCUAAACAUCUAUCAAUCAAUCAAAAUAUGGCUGAUUUAAGUUCUUAUAAUAUCAAGAAGUACUCUGUACUCAAGGGGGA